AGUUUUCCUGCGAACGCCAGUAGGCCACCACGGCCCGCGCCGAUGCACGCCAGUGUUUCAUCCUUUGGAGGGAGUGGUGGAGGAAAAGCGCCGCGCCCUCCGAUGAGAGACAGUGCACCCAGUGGGAUUUUUCCACAGGCAUCGAGUAUGCAGCAAAUGAGCGGAAACAUGCAACUAGCUUCGAACGGAAUGGGUAGUGGCAUCAGCGGCGUGAAUCCUGGAGCAGCGCAUCUUCCCCCACAUGCGAUCAACGGCUUGGAAGGAGCCGCAUGUCCCCCGCACAGCUUUCCGCCACAGCACCUGAACCCCGGAGCUGGAGCGAUGCACCCGCCAGGAAAUACGUACUCUGGACCUCCGAGUAUGGGUAGCAAUGUCGACGCGCCAAGCAUGGGAAGUCACCCUCACGGGCUGUCUGCGGCGCCGGUUUCUGGCAUGACGGGGCCACCCGGUGGCGGGUCCGUGUCGUCGCGAGGCGGCUACAACGUAGGCCCAAGUGCCGGGAGUAGUCGCUAUCACGACGCUUACAAUCCGGAGCCCCGGACCGCGGGCGACCGGCGGACGGACCACUACACGGGAGGAGGAAAGGAGCUUCAUAUGAGCGGUUACGCCGGGGGAGGCGGCGGAAAGGAUUACCUUGGAUCCCAUGGCGGCGGUAAAGACUACAGCGAACAUCCGCCACGAGGCAAAGGCGGAAGAAAAGCACGGAACAAAGGGGAGCACGACUACUACGACUAUCGAGAUCGAGAUGGGGCCCGAGGAGGCGACAGAAUGUAUUACAUUCGUGUAAAUGUUACUCAGACCACCCAGGACGUUCUCGAACAGUUUGCUAGCUAGCAUGGAAAUCGAAAAACCUAUUGAAUCUUAUUCCUGGCAGGUCUGGUGGCCCCUUUGGGGACCAAGGCGGCGGUUACGGCAGCCGUGGACUCAAGAACAACAUAAUAAGCUGUCCAAAAAGACCAGUGCCGCUGUCGGCUCCGACGCUUGUGGUUCCUUGGGCAGCGCGACCGAACGCCUGUGCUGAUCUUACUUCGGAUGAGGAUGACGAACUGCUGGAGAUCAUGAUGAGCCCGCGUCGCAACAUGCAACUGCGCUUGUAUCAUUUUUUUACAAAAUAGAGUAGGACGAGUAGACUACUGGUUGUUGUUAUUCGCCAGCAUUGAUGCCACUCUGCGCGGUCAGUACUACUGUCUUGCGUGUUCGUUCGGUGGUAACAAAAAUAUGUUCUUGAUAAGAUCUGAAACACGGCGGAAUCCGCGACUUAUUACUAGCAUUUUUUGAACAACAACAACCUUUAAUUGAUUCUCCAGAUACUAUCCGCAGGCAAGUAUGUCAGCAGGUUUCGAGCAACAGUUAGACGAAUAUGAACGGACUGGGAGAAUACCACACGGGACAAGUAUGCAAACCAUGGUAGGCGGAACGAAUCCUCGUAAGCGCGGUGAGCCUCUAAAGCUGACAGCUGAAGGGUACAAAUGUCAUGUACGAGUACAAUUUGGGGAACUGCUUUGGUUUGUGAGACACCUUUGAAGAACGAGGAGUACAAGCACGCAUUGCAACUACACUCUACAUCAAGUAGUACCACUAGACUAAGUAGUAUUGUAGCAAUUCACCUGUCACAUGAAGAUGUGGAAACGAAAUAUCUUCAGGGCCAUCGACUGGGAGACUGACCGCGACCGAGGUGUGCCAGAGGAUUACAAAGAAUUUAACGGUCACGCGAUAUCGCAGUUUAAGCUUGACGGUACCAAACUCAAAACUUAUAUAUUAGUAAGAAGUACCCAGCAGCUUCAGUUUUGCUUUGGGUAGCCUGAAAAUAGAAAGCCUUCCACCUAGGAGCUUCCAGCGGUGUCGCCCGCCGCAGUCAGUACCGCCGCCAAAAGCAGGAGCGCCGCCAAAGUCAGUACCGCCGCCAAACAAGACAGCGCCCCCGCCAAGGAAGAGGGAGCCGCCGCCCCCUCUGCGACCGCCGGGCGAGGUGGUUGCUGCGCCGCUGAUGCUGCUAGCCGGGGCGCAAUCGUCGCCGGAAGACGCGGGGGAAAUCGGAACCUUCUGAGGCCCUGAGUGGCGAAGGCGUCGAAGCUUAGAGCUCGGACCUUUUACCCACACAACCACGGAGCGCCUUUCUCUGACUGCAAAGCCGUCGCGCGAAAGCGCACACUUCAGAAGUGACGGGGAGGCGCGCGCCGGAGGAGCGGCAGCGAGCUGGGCACCCACGUAGCUAGGGAGUGCGUGGAUUGCUUUCAUACAUAAGGCGGGGAGGAUGAAUGCCGAAGGCUAGGAACGCUGGGGGGCUGACGACAUGGCGGCCGGCCUCUCAUCUUCGGAAUAUGUGGGCAUGAAGCUGGGGCGGUGCUGCCUGCUGAUAGCGGAGGCGCCUGGAGAACCAAGCAUCUUGCAGGCCCUAGCUGCGUUGCCGUCUUCGGGGGUCGUUGAGAGGGCCAAAUGGGUGACCAGGUGAACGAGACAGAAGCAAGGGAAGCACGCAGGGGAAUAAAAAAGAGAGGAAAGCCCCAAAGAAAUACGGGUGACAUUUUAAACGGCGGUCGGGGGGGGGGGCGACGUGAGUAGCUAGAGGGGUCGGCGCCGCUGUCUGCGACACGCUUCUAUUAGCAUUUAGUCAAAAGCUCUAGCGCUAGCCUGGGGGUGUCUUGAAAGUCAGCCCCCUCCUCCAAAGCGUGCCGUUUGUUAAUGUAAUCGCCUGAAGAUUACUUAGCUCGGUGCAGGGGUUCGCCUUCGCUCACUUCAAGGCUUACAAUCUAGUCUUACCUCCUUUCGUCUUCAAUCAUUUUUAUUAUUUAACGUCGCCAAGUUUAUUAGAAAAAUGUAUGAUGUCAAAUGUAACGAAUGUCGUUGUCUAUCUCUAUUUUUAAGAAUGUUGAUUCUUCGAGAAUAGAACUUUCAGUAGUUUGAAAGCGAGGGAUAGUUCUUGUUUUAACCACAUUCUGCCACUCUAUGUGUCCCUAUUCUAGUGUUGUUUUACUAUUCUGCAAAUGCCAAGUGCAUCAAAAUACCAGGCGAUGAAGACUCGCAGCAAGUUGUCCCGAGGGGCAUGAAAGGACAGGGACGGCACAACCAUCGAGGAGCGUACAACUAUGAUAUUCCGCCUAUGGACGGAGGAGCGUCCUACUAUAUCGGCCCACAGGAUGUUAGCCACCAGCUUUCGUUUUUCCGAGAUCCUGGCUUAGAUCCGAAUCCAGGCACUGUGUGGGAGUUAUACGAAGACAGAGGCACAGUACCAAAACUAACUUAUAUAUUAGUUUGAAUAUGUCUUUGCAUUGUUUUUUUUUCAUAACUGGGACAAAUCCAAGUCGUUGUUCUUGGUAGGUCGAUAUAUUUCAGAUGUGAUUUAAAGAAUUACAAGGAAGAUUCAGCUAGUAAGUUGUCUAGCAGGUGAAUGUUGAUUGUUGAUUGACGCAGGUGUCGAUAAUCUCCGAUCGCGACACCGUUACUUGGGGAGCCGGCCCGACAAUGGAAAACUACUUAGAGCCAUGGCGAUACGGUCUAGGUGGCUACGGCUAUAGUACGGGCUACGGUGGUUACCGAGGCUACAACAGCGCUUCCAGUGAUACCCGCGGCGGCGCAAGUAUGAGCGGCGCUGGAGGCUCGUCCGGAAGCACGUACGUUUUUGUUCAUUUUCGUUUCUAGUUCGGGCUCUACUGGAACUAUCAUAUUGCACUUACUCUAAAUUAGAGUUAGAAUGUUCAAUAUUGGUUUUUUCAUCUGAGCCUUAUUGGUAUGGUUUGUUUUUGACCAUUUUGCAGCUCCUCUUCGUAUGCUCGUGCACCCGAUACACGACCGCCUCGUAGUGACCGAGGUGGAGAUAUGCGCAAAUCUGACGUGCCUCGAAAAAGUGAAUACUCUGCAUUGCCACCCAGGGAGGAUCAACGGGUACUGAACAGUACUACGUAUUACAAGGAUGCAUCCAUCUUCCUUGCAUUUAAAAAAAGUUAACGUUUUGAUUUUCUACGACAAAAGAGGAGUAGAUUUAUAUUCCGGAGAAGCCUCUGUCUCUGACACUGUUGAUUUUAGAUGAGCCGACGCCAUCGACGCCAAUGACAUGAGACCCACCCAAGGCACACAGUUUCUACUAAUUCUAUUCAGCAGCAGCAUCAGCAGCAGCAACAACAACAGCAGUGGACGAGCUCGAGUCGAAGAGGAGAAAACCCAGCUUGGCAAGGGCGUUCACGGGAAAGUGGCUAUUCGCGAGAGAACUUUUACGGCGGCGGCGGCGGGCAACAGGACUACAGUUCCGGAAGACCAUCUACUUCGUCGAGCGGCGGUUACGGGAAAGGCCGAAAGCAGUACCCUGCUCCGGAAAGCAGUAGCACGCUAGUAGCAAAGGAACAACUUAAUACUAGUAAUGUUACUGCAGAGCGGACCACCAGCAGCCUGGCGUAUCAGUAGCAGGUGCACGACUUUAGUAAGUACAGGUCGGACUCGGACGAAGGCCCACUGAAAUCGACCAGUCGCUAUCGUUUCUUUGUAAAUUAGGAGAGACGUCGGCGUCGCACCUCCGCAGCGCGUAAGCACGCGCGGCACAAACGUAGCUGAUAGUGUCUCGCAGUUACGCGAGUGUCGGAGAUGCCAAAACAUUGCCAGUCGCUCCAGCUGCGUGUCACCAGGGUCUACUCAGGUAUCUGCGUGGUCGUCGCCAUAAGAUACUAUGCGUGUUGAGGUUGACACGAGUCUUCAUAUGCCACGAUCGCAUGUUGAUAGUCACAUAUCUCACAUGCGCAAAUACAUCUAGGAGUUCUGCCAUUUGACCUCAGACUUCCCGAAUUGAUCUGUGUCUUUCUGAGAAUAAUCCACUGCCUUCGACUAAAGCUAGUCCCUGGCUCCUUGUUGCGUCACUCGCCUAGCUGAGAGAAAAGCAAAGACGAGAUCCUCUAGAUGUCGUGUAGAAUUGAUCCCGAUUCUCGGAGUCCACAUAUAAUUUCAGCCGCGCGACAUCAU